CUUCCCAUAAGCCACAACGACUGGCUUUGCCAGGGUGUGGCUCAACGACACAUCGUAGUGAAGUUGAAUCCUCUUACUACCGUAUUUCAUUCGUCGUCCCUGCUGCUGUUUCGGUCUGUACUGCAGUCCUCUGCUCCUAAAUUAAAACCCUUCUCUCGCUUGAAGUAGCCUAUUACGUGAAUCUCAAAGAUGGCUGGCAGAGGCACAGUGAAGCCCCACAGUGGAUUCAAUGCUAAUAAUGAUGCUGAAGUUCUCUACAAGGCCAUGAAAGGAAUCGGCACUGAUGAGGCUGCCAUUCUCCAGCUGUUGACAGCACGCAGUAAUGCACAGCGCCAAGAAAUCAAAGCUGCAUACAAAACCCUGCACGGAAAGGAUUUGGUGGAUAAUUUGAAAUCAGAGCUGGGUGGGAAGUUUGAGAGUCUGAUAGUGGCUCUGAUGAUUCCUCCCAUUAAGUAUGAUGUCACAUGUCUGCGGGAUGCUAUUAAGGGUGCAGGCACAGAUGAGAAAGUGUUGGUUGAGAUUUUGGCAUCUAGGUCACCUAAUGAAGUCAACCAGAUCAAAAGUUUAUACAAGCAAGAGCAUAAGAAUGACCUGGAGAAAGAUGUGACUGGUGACACUGGAGGUCAUUUCCAGAGGAUGCUGGUUGUUUUGCUACAAGCCAGCAGACAGCAGGAUAUACAAGAAAACCUCAUCCAAAGCGAUGCCCAGGCUCUGUUUGCCGCAGGAGAACAGAAGUUUGGAACUGAUGAAGGCCAGUUCAUCACUAUACUGGGAAACCGUAGCAAUGCUCACCUCAGGAAAGUGUUUGAGGAGUAUAGGAAGCUCUCAGGGUUUGAAAUAGAGGAGAGCAUCCAGAGAGAGACAUCAGGAACCCUACAAGAAGUACUGCUGGCUGUGGUGAAGUGCGCUCGCAGUGUGCCAGGUUAUUUUGCCGAUAGCCUUUACAGUGCCAUGAAGGGGGCAGGCACUGAUGACCAGACAUUGAUUAGGGUCAUGGUUUCCCGCAGUGAGGUGGACAUGUUGGAUAUUCGUGCUGAAUUCCGCAAGAGGUUUGCUACCUCUCUGCACAAAAUGAUUCAGGGUGAUACUUCAGGUGACUACCGUAAAACCCUGCUGCUGCUGUGUGGAGGGGAUGAUGCAUAAACCCUGCCACCUUCUCUGCCUGGGUCGGAUCCCAUGACUCCCAUCUCUGGGGAAGGUAUAUGGGACGAGGGCCUAGUGAAACCAAUUCAGGACAAAUUACAAAAACAUGAUAUUCCAAAUCAAAAGAGGGAUCUCUUGUCGAACUGUGAAGAUGCUCUGCAUAGCACAGAAUUACUUCAAAUAAGCAAUGAGCAAAUUCUGGCAUUUAUAUUUUAUUAAAUGUUUAAUUGAUUUAGAGAGGAAAAAUACUUUAGUAUAAACUUCAAAAAUAUGAGACACCUUCUCUUUUCCAUAUUUAAAGACAUAAUAUCUUCUGCAGUCUAUCAUGGAAAAAAUACAGUUUUACUCAUUUCUUUUUAAAGAUGGAAUCUCAAGCCUUAUGAAGUUUCAAAAAAUAUACAUUAAGAUCAAAGACUUGUUGUACUCAAUGAAGCAAUAUUUUAUAUGCAUCCCAUUUUUUUUUUACUUAUUUAAUGUUUGUAUACUUACUAUCUUCCUUGACAAUUCAGUGUAUUGCAAUUUAAUA